UAGCUAUAGCUAGGAAAUACGUACAUCAUGGAUUCGCACUAGCUUUCUUGUCGACCACAACCACGUGGUCCAGACCAAUUUAGACUAAAAUGGAUAUGGAAAGCUCUCCAGAAGAAUGGCAGGAAACAAUCAAGUCAAUGUUGAAUGGGAUCAAUAGGUACAAUCCUGAAAUCAUCGAAACGCUUGAGCAAUACGUUCAGUAUCAAGUGGGUACAAGCACGUAUAAUUUUGAGCCCAAUCUUGUGCUGAUGAAGCUCUACCAAUUCAUACCAGCUAAAAGUAAUGUCGACGUUGCAGUCAAGAUUAUGCUUAAGGCAAUUGUGGUCCUUCCAAAGCCCGACUUUGUUCUACUCCGAUGUGUGCUGUCCGAGCCAUUGCAAUCAGAAGAGAAGAUAAUCAAGAUCCUUGAGUUAUACUCUGUGCUCGAGUGUUGCCAGUUCAAGAAGUUCUGGGAGGACCUUAGCGAGAACAAGGAGGUGGCAGAGAGUGUGCCUGACUUUGAAAGGGCAAUCAGAGAUUAUAUUUGCAGUGUGAUCAAGGUGAGCUACCAGAACAUUAAUCUGACGCUGCUCUCCGAAUACUUGGCCUUGGAGGGGGGUGCUCUAUUGGAGACCGUCAGUAAAGAAGGCUGGAUUGUCACGGGAGAGCAGGUGCAGAUACAGAACCAGGAGACCACCAUCAAAUCCAAGAAGAUUCUCGCCAAGAUUGAAUUUGAUAGUGUAUCAGGAAUAUUGGCUUCUGCAGCAGCACGAUAAGAGUGCUAGAUCAUUCAAGACUGUGUGUAUAACUUAGGACAUCGUUGAAUGAUACACUUGAUCACACAUUUUUUUUCAAUAGUGCAAUGUCAUGCAAACACAUUAAUAUGUACUGUUCA